AUGGAGAGAAAGAGUUCUCCUUCGCAUAGUCCUCCGUACAUUCGUCUUCCUGGCUAUGCCUGUUUCCAUCUCAAAGGCACUGCCUUAUGGACUAUCAUCAUUCGCUAUCACGAUAGUCUCGGAGCUGCAGGGAAUAGCGGGUCCGAGAGACAAAAUAGAUAUCUUGUUAUUCCUAGAGCAAGUGGUUGUAGUCUGGCUGUCGCUGCUGGCCCUGGUGCCGCAUGUUCCUGGGCAAACAACCGACAUAUACAGAUUUACAUGAUGGUCCGAUUCUUCUGUGGCUCCCAAGGCCACGUCCGCUCCCUCCUCCCGUCCCCAUACCACGGGUAUCUUGAGGUGAAGGAUGAUCGCAGGGGUGGCUGGGGUAAUCAUGAAGAAAUCGGACCUGUCGAGGCAUGGAGAGUCGUAUGGUGCAGAGACGUCAUCGAUAGCGGUCUAUCUGUUAGCUAUCAGAUUAGUGAACAGCCAGCUAGAGUUACUGUUACUCUCUAG